GCACAAUACUGAGAAAGACGCCCUCUUUACAAACCCAAGGUUGCGCUGCGGCUGUAGGCUUUUGUUCGUGUCUCUGUUGUGUAUGUAGCCUAUUUUCUCUAGACUUGUCUGAAUAAGGAAAUGUAAUAGGAAUCCAGAACCACCGAGUGUGAGAAGUGACUCGCCCUACAACUUAGGCUACAGUACUUUACUCCGUAAAUUAAAAGUAGCUAUAAACGCACGUAUAAAUGCCUUGAUAUACCUGGACUCUUGCGGAAAGACCAAGGAAGGUGAUAGCCUACAUUUACGCACGGAUUGGGAAUUCUGAUUUUUAACCAUGGGGAAAAGAGCCGCGCUGGCGACUUACGAUAAAGAGUUCAGCUUUGUCAGUCAAGUUGUCAAAUAUCUACUUUUCCUUUUUAACUUAAUAUUUUGGAUGAUCUCAUUGGUGUUGAUGUCUAUUGGCAUUUACGCGAGGAUGAUGAAACAUGCCGAGGCAGCCAUGGCCUGUCUAGCGGUGGACCCUGCCAUCCUGCUGCUGAUCGUGGGGGUGCUCAUGUUCUUCAUCACCUUCUGUGGCUGUGUGGGCUCCCUCAGAGAGAACAUCUGCCUCCUACAGACAUUCUGCAUCUUCCUGACUAUCAUCUUUCUGCUGCAGCUAGCUGCAGGUGUCCUGGGCUUCGUCUUCUCAGAUAAGGCACGGAAUAAAGUGAGUGAGAUUAUCAACAAUGCCAUCGUUCAUUAUAGGGAUGACAUUGACCUACAGAACCUCAUCGAUUUUGGUCAGAAAGAGUUCAGCUGUUGUGGAGGUGUCACCUACACCGACUGGUCUCAGAACAUGUACUUCAACUGCACCACAGACAACCGCAGCCGAGAGCGCUGCUCUGUUCCCUUCUCCUGCUGCCUGCUGUCUAAAGAUGAGGCAGUCACUAACACAAUGUGUGGUCAGGGGAUGCAGGAGCUGCCAUUCCUGCAGGCUGGUGCCUUCAUCCACACCAAUGGCUGCAUCGACAAGCUGGUCAACUGGAUCCACAGCAACUUGUUCAUGCUAGGGGGCAUCGCCCUGGGUCUGGCUAUCCCACAGCUGGUGGGGAUCACUUUGUCUCAGAUUCUGAUCAACCAGAUAAAGGACCAGAUUGAGCUUCAGAACUACAACCUGCAGCACCGUACAGACCCUUGGCAGUAACCUGGUCAUGAUUAGGUCCUACCCGAUCAAACUGGACCAGGACUAGAUCAUCAACCCCAGGGUCACCCAGGGGGUGUGGGAGUCUGGAAUUCUACCCCCUUCUGCUGGAUGGGGCUCAAGCUUUCAUGUAGAUGUUGUUCAAUUUCAAGGCUGCUUGAUCAUUUCAAUGGUGCAAGGACUGGCUUUGAGGCCAAAGAUUCUGGUUGGAUGAUCCACCAUUUGACAAGAGUCGAGACGUCGAAGUGGUCUGCUCUCUUUCUGCGUUCUUGAUUCUUAUGCAUGUCUAUUUUUGUUCAGUAUAUAUUCUAACCAACUGAGCUACCAGAACCAAUGGUUUAUUUCCUGAAUGGGUUGAUGUGGCUGAGGGACAAGACCCAUGUGAAAUGGCUGAGAAACCAAGAUUCCGAAAAAGUCCAGAUGCCUGGACAGUGUGUCAAUGUCUGCUUGUUUCGUUUUAGCUCACCCAGUAUCCCGGAUGGUUAGCGUUUUCACUUUAUGACCAAUGGAAUGGUCAGUGUUGAAACUCUGCCCACCCUGUGCCCCAGGGGAGCUAAAAGGAAUGCAUCUAAUCAGGAAGUACUCCAGCCAGACAGCCAAUGGAGAACUCCUCCAUUCACACCUAUUCGUCAUUUGACUCAUCUCAAAUAUGGCACGAUCUGUAAUUUAUUGAAAAGGGAAAAAACCCAGCAACCGGAGUACAAACACUGCUGAAAUAAUGUAGACUCUGUCCAGUUGCUCUUUUGUCAAUGCGGUUUACGCCAUUGAUCUGUUAUUUAUAUCCAUCCAGUUAUCCCCUAAUACUCUCAUAGGGUUGAGAACAAGACAAUUCUGUCGGCACUUCUCAAAUAUGGAAGAGCAAACCCAAGUAAUGUAAUAAAGCUCAUUAGCUAAUGGUGUGUAUGUUAAAUCUCCCAACUGUAGUUUGCCAUGCAUGCUAUAACAAGUUUUAUAAACUGGGUCUUUUGAUCGCUGAUUGGCUGAGAGCUGUGGUAUAUCAGACCAUAAACCACGUGUAUGACAAAGCCUUUCUUUUUACUGUGCCAAUUAUGUUGGUAACCAGUUUGUAAUAGCAAUAAGGUACCUCGAGGGAUUGGGGUAUAUGGCCAAUAUACCACGGCUAAGGGCUGUACCUAGGCACUCAGCGUUGCGUCUUGCGUAAGAACAGCCCUUAGCCGUGGUAUAUUGGCGAUAUACCACACCCCCUCGAGCAUGAUUGCUUAAAUAAAUCAUUGGACAUGCUGCUUACGCCAAAUCCUGACUCGUUGAACCAGACAAUGUUUUUCCACUCAGUUGUCUAGUGUUAGUGAUCGCGUGCCCACUGGGACCGCUUCUUCUUGUUUUUAGCUGAUAGGAGUGGAACCUGGUGUGGUCACCUGCUGCAAUAGCCCAUCCGUGACAAGGACCGACGAGUUGUGCGUUUCGAGAUGCCGCCUGUUAGCUUGCACGAUUUUUGUUUGUCUCACCAUUCUCGGUAAACCCUAGACAAGCCCAGGAGACCGUCCGUUUCUGAGAUCCUGGAACCGGCGCACCUGGCAUCAACGAUCAUACCACGCUCAAAGUCACUUGGGUGACUCGUUUUGCCCAUUCUAACACUCAAUUGACAACAACUUAAUGCCUCGAUGCCUAUCUGCAUGCUUUAUAUAGCAAGCCAUUGACAAGCGACUCACUGUCUGUAGGAGCGACCAUUUUCGCGAACGGGGUGGUUUACCUAAUAAUCUGGCCAGUAAGUGUAUAUUUCAAGCUAAAUUGACUGUAAAUACAUUCCUUUCAAUAAAUCAUAUCGUUUACAUAUGAAGCAUUGUGGGUAUCAAUACAGACCAAUAAUGUAAUUGUAGUUUAUUACUCACUGAGCUACUAGGGGAUUUCCCCAUUUGAAAGCGCAACAGAAAGGCCUGAUUUUAUAAUAAACAGUCUUAUUUUCCGUAACGCCUUUACACAAGCACUGGUGUUUAGAUUGGCAAGCGCUGCAACACUGGAGUUUACACUAAUGCUGUUACUCUCCAUAACAUAACCAUGUUGGGCCGUCGGCUAGCCCUGUUGGCAUUUCCCCUCACCGGGGUUGUGUUCAUUAGAGCACGCAACGGAAAUUAAAUUGAGCGCUUCCUAUGGGACAAGUCCUGUUUUAGUCCGUUUUGUUCCUAAUGAACACGACCCAGUUAGGUCCACUGGGAAUACCAGUUUUGUUUUCUCAAAAUGUGGGUCAACAUACUGUUACUGGUCAAGGCUACUGGUUAGCACUGUAUUUAAACGGUACAGACGGGUGUGGAAUUCAUUCUAGGAACUGACCCAUGUAAAAUCCUAAGAAUUAACAUUCAAAAAACACAUUUUUACAUGUUAAAAUUAUUUUCCCAAUUCCCCUUAGGUACAGAGAGUAUUUACUUUGAAUGUACGUGGUACAAUGGUAAUUACUCUCUUAUGUAAAGACAAUAGCUUAUGAAUUCUUUAUUUGUUUCUUUGGGAAUCAUCACAACAAGCACUCCAAUCCAUGUAUCAGCUAGUUGGUUACCAAUUGUGUUGAAUUCAUGUAAUUAAGUGCCAGAAACUACCCAAUGACACCAUUUGUAAUUGUCCUAAUAAACAGCAGGUAAAUACCAGUGGAAA